AUGGCAGAAGCCGCUCUUGAGGCGAAGAACCAGCGGAACAACGAAAGUGUAACCAUGUACAUUGAGGACAUGACCCACCUCUUCCGCCGAGCCGAUCCAAACAUGGCUGAGGACAAGAAAGUGCGGCACCUAAUGCGUCGUGUGAAACAGGAGCUCUUUGCUGGCCUGGUUCGUAAUCCGCCCCGCACUGUAGCCGAAUUUCGAUCAGAGGCGACGACGAUGGAGACGACGCUGCAGCAGCAGGCGAGGCAGUACAACAGAGAUCAUGACCUUGCGCCGGUGCACACUGCGAAAAUUGUGAAAGAGCACCUAGAAACUAGUAGGGUCCAUCUGGUCUCCUGGCCGGCCAAGGGCGCCUACAUGAACAUGUGCGAAAAUGUAUGGGGCCGCAUAAAAGCAGCCAUGGUGCGGCCCCCUAUUCAUUUGGCAACUGAGGACGAGCUGUGGGAAGCUGUUUGCCAAGAGCGGGAGCAUCUUAGAGCAAGUCCUGCUGCAGAUCACACAGGAGAGACUCACCACGGAAAGGACACUAUUGCAAGGAUACCUCUCCAUACAAAGGUGUCCAUGGCUCUGUGGUUGCUUGGCAACGAAGAGUCCUUCCAAGGUGUUGCCGACCGUUUUGGAGUCAACAAGGGCUUGCUGCACUACAACAUCAUCAUUGAACUUUGGGCAGGUGCAGCACGAGACUUUAUCCAGUGGCCUUUGUCACUGCAGGAUGUAGCCCAUGAAUUCUACCGAAAGUGGCGGUUUCCUGGAGUUGUCGGUGCUGUGGACGGUUGCCAUAUCGCUAUGAAAGCCCCACAGAAGGAGCAGGAUGCUUAUUACAACAGGAAAGAGUUUCGCUCAAUCAUCCUGCAGGGGUGCUGUGAUAGCAACAUGGCAUUCACCCAUGUGCAUGCAGGCUCUCCAGGAAGAAUGUACAAUGCCAAGGUGUUCAGUGCAUCAGGCCUGGACAGGCUAGUAGAGAAGUUACCGGCAAACUUCCAUAUUCUUGGUGACUCAGCCUAUGCACUGUCUGUCGGACUCAUGCGACCUUACAGAAAUAAUGGCCAUCUAAGUGCACAAGAAAUAAAAUUAAAUGAAAGACUAGGUGCAGCAAGAUCAGUAAUUGAGCGUGCAUUCGCACAGCUAAAAGGUAAAUUCAGGCGGUUGAAAUACCUUGACAUGAAAGGCUCUGCACUCAUUAGUAAAUAUGUGCUGGCAGCAUGUGUUCUGCACAACAUCAUUCUUAUGUCAAAGGAUUCCUUUGAUUGGGAGAGCCUGGAGGAAGAAGGUGAUGACGACGAUCCAUCUUUUGAUGGGAACUCCACAGGAGUUUCGGAGAGCAGGGGCGCACUUAAGCGCCGAGCAGUAACGUUGGCUUUGUAGAAAACAGGCAUG